AUGGAGGAGCAUCAUAUUGACGCUGUGCGUAAUUGGCCGACCCUGACCACGGUGAAGGAAGUGCAACAAUUUUUAGGCUUCUCAAAUUACUACAGGAGGUUUAUCCCGGGCUUUAGCCAGGUUGCGGCUCUGAUCACCUACCUUCUGAAGGGGGGGGGCGACCCGGUUGCGAUGGACCGCAGAGACCGGGGAGCAAGAACGUUGGGGCCGACGCGCUGUCCCACCAGCAUGACACGGAGGAGAGUGGAUGAUGCUCCCGUGCUCCCGGCGUCGUGCAUCAUGGGCGCCGGUGGUGAGGGAGGAAUGGUGAAAGGGAAAAAUCAUGGAAUGGGCUUCCUUAGCGGUCGGUCGGUGGAUGUGUUCAAGGGAAUUCCAUUUGCUGAUCCGCCAGAAAGGUUUGAGAAGCCAAAACCCCAUCGGGGAUGGGACGGUGUACUGAAUGCAUAUGAGCUCAAGGAGCGAUGUCUGCAGGUGACUUUGAUGCAGUCUAGCACUCAUGGCAGCAAAGACUUUCUUUACCUCAACAUCUUUGUCCCUCAGAACAAGGGUCAAGUGUCCAUGGGCCUGCCUGUAAUGGUGUACCUUUUUGGCGGUGCCUUCCUCCUCAGGGCCUCCAAUGAUGUCAGCUUCUUGGGCAACUCCCUUUACAAUGGGAAGGAGAUAGCGGACAGGGGAAAAGUGAUAAUUGUUACUGUGAACUACCGUGUUGGUGUUCUGGGAUUUCUCAGCACAGGGGACUCCAAUGCACCAGGAAACUAUGGACUCUGGGACCAGCAUGCUGCCAUUGCUUGGGUUCACAGAAAUAUUCAGGCCUUUGGCGGAGCAAAGGAAAACAUUACUGUCUUUGGUCAAUCUGCAGGUGCAGCCAGUGUAAAUUUCCAGAUGCUGUCUCCGUAUAACAAGGGCCUGUUUCGCUGGGCUAUCUCACAGUGCGGCACCGCAUUAAGUCCCUGGGCCCUGCAGACCAACCCGCUCCCGCUGGCUAAUAAGAUAGCUGAGAAAGUGGGCUGUGCUACUGAUGAGCAGAUGAUGACCUGUCUGAAAAUCACUGAGCCGGUCGCUCUCACCUUAGCUAGAAAAAUAGAGCUGGGGGAGUUGGGAAAAGGAUCUGUGCUGGAGCUGCUGGAGCAUGCCCCAGUAGUGGAUGGCGACUUCGUCCCAGAACACCCCAGCAAGUUGUUCCACAAUGCAGCCAAUAUAGACUAUUUAGCAGGCGUCAACAGCAUGGAUGGUCACUUGUUUGCAGGCGUAGAUGUCCCUUCAAUCAACAAAAACCAGAUGCCCACCACUUCUGGUGCGCGUACCUACUCCUACCUAUUCAACAUGGGUAAUCGCAUCCCUGGUUUCCCCAGCUGGGUGGAAGCUGAGCAUGAAGAGGAUGUCCAGUACGUCUUUGGCAAGCCCUUUGACACACCUCUGGGCUACUUUCCAAGGCACCGCACUCUCUCUGAGUACAUGAUUUCAUACUGGACCAACUUUGCCAGAACAGGUGACCCCAACCAAGGAGUGAGUAAGGUACCGACCACCUGGCCAGAGUUCAGCUGUUCAGAACACCCCUACCUUGUCAUCAAUAACAAAAUCAAAAAGUCGUCUAUCAAGCACAACCUGAGGAGUCAGUAUGUGAAGUACUGGACCAGCACCUAUGCCAGUCUUCCAUAUGUUGAGGUACAGAUCUAGGAUCAGCUUCCCUUCCAAAGUUUUAGCACAUGGAAAGGCUAAACUGAACCAAAAUCAACAUAUGAAGAUAUCUCUCCA